AGGCUCAAUGUUUGCGAUUGAUCACAGUCUUUGAUAUACUGUACAACUGUACAGUCUAGGUGGGAAGGGGCAAAAUAUACUCCAUGAAUCAGGCUAGGCAACCUGUAGUAAAUUCGGGAGUAUAGCAAAAUAUAAGAAAGACACAAAGAACCCAAAGUGACCAUUAGUCCAAGCUAGUUUUCAAAACAUCUCGGCACGAGUUAUCUUAUAACAAAUUUGCCUGGUUGUUUUCUGCAGUGGAUAUUCCUUCCUGUCUUGAAACAAAAACCUCUUUAAGGGGAAAAGGCUUCUUUCACCCCCGGAGAACACACUGCUCAUAUUCUAAUGUUUCAUGAUUUCUAAGCAAUCGAAUUUUGGUGAGCAUUUUAAUGAUUUUCUUUUUCUCUAAAAAAUAUAAUUUGAAACUUCCAAAGGCUGUUUUUGACAAGCCUCUAGCCCAGGAAGCCUCGUGUACAGGAAAAGAUGGUAGCUCACCAUCGUGAAAUUUUUGAAGUUCAGUUUCUCGGACGAAAUAAUGCGGCUUCUUGUCCAUCUGAGAUUUUUAUGCGGGUUAACAUCGAAUGAUAAACAUCCGGAAAUUUUAGUUAGGCAAACUAGUAAUAAUGAUGAAAUGGACUUCAGAUUUCGUCAAAAAGCCAGGAAGCACACCUGCCUAGCAAAGCCGAAGAAGAAUCUGGACUGUAAUGAAAGUAAUGUACACAAAACUUCUGAUUUGGUUAUAGAAAUGAUUGUUCACUGGGAAUUAGCAUCAUGUCUAAGAGUUGAACUAAAAAGAAGCAAAGCUUUCCGAAAAGGAUUUAUUUUAUGGUUGCUACAUGAUCUGGAAGAUAAUGAAAGAUUUUAUUGUGAAGAUUGCACCCUCAAUCAGAGAAAUAUUCUUACAAGAAGAAGGCAUUCAAAUGCGUGGAUAAAUGACAUUUCGAUAGACGGAAAAACAGAUAAUGAUACAAAAGUAUAUAAGAACAGAGUAUCGUUGACCAUAAUUGCACUUAGCCCGCCACAACUCCGGAAUUUAGAGGCAGAAUUGAAGUGGUCGUCCCUACUGAUGCCUCUUGUUCAUCAAAAAUUCUGUCUGGAAUAUAUCCUUGCUUGCCUUUCAACUCUUGGUGGAGCUUAUUCUUCACUAGGUGAAUGGUCAACAAACCAUGCCAAAAUAGCUGGUAAUAUCUCACUGAAGCAACUGACAGUGGCAUCAAAACUUGGUAAUCCUAUUUUGGCAUCACAUUGUCGUUUGUAUCAUGCACAUAGUUUGAUACAAACUGGAAAGUUCAGAUCUGCAGCUCAUAUAAUUAGACAUGAAUACACAAUUGCCAAUUCUUCAUUGGGGAAAUGUGAUCCGAAGUUGCUGGUUUGCUGCAAAGCAGCAUGGACAAGAUUGCUUUAUUUCCAGAAAAGACAAGCUAAAACUGCGAAGUCAUAAAAUGAUACAUGGAAUAAUUAAACAAUCAAGGAAUGUAAAAUGAAAAAAAAUCAAGGCCACUGAUGUUUAAUGAUUUGACGAGAAAUGGUGAAUAAACUUG